AUGGCGAACGUGCAUAGGCGAAACACGGCCUUUGCUGCUAGCACGCUAUACUUUCUAUCAAUACCCUUCUUGAUUCUCGUCAUAAUCGGCAAUACCCAUAUCAAUUCGACAUUAAACGACAUAUACUUCUUUAAGCUUGAUGUUUCUCAAGUUAUACCGAUCUCGGUCGAUAAUUCGAGACUGCUUAAUUCUGUUGCUCGGAGUUUAGGUCUGCAUGAUUUCUACCAGGUUGGACUAUGGAACUUUUGCGAAGGGUACAACGACGAGGGCGUUACCUACUGCUCUAACCCCAAGCAAUGGUACUGGUUCAACCCUGUCGAGAUUCUUGUGAGCGAACUGCUGGCCGGAGCUCGGAUUGCACUCCCUGCUGAGGCCGUCACUGUCCUCAACUUGCUCAAGAUAGGCUCUAGAAUCAUCCUCCUCGUUAUUCGCACCCGUUGGUGGAGUCUGGUUAUAACGGUUCUUGCUUUCUUCACAGCGGUUCUUAUUUCCCUCGCAGCUAUCAUUGCAACUGUCAUAAGUGUUGCUGCUAAGGUCGCACUCACGGCGCAGGAUCAACUCAACAUCAAGGCAAACAUUGGCAUCAAGAUGUUUGUGUUCAUGUGGCUGGCUGCUAUCUUCACCGAUGUGGCAUUCCUGCUACAUGCUGCCAUGAGUUGCUGUUGUAGACCUAAUAGGGAUAAGCCACAGAGUCCCCAACCAGAGAUGAGGGCAGCGCACCCAAGCCUUCGUCAUCGAAGAGGGCAUAGGUCAUCAUCACAUUCGUCAUAG